AUGAUAUACAGACCAUCCCAGCCCCAACCCCAGCCUCAGCCCCAGCCCCAGCCCCAGCCUCAACCCCCAGCCCCAGCCUCAACCUCAGCCCCAGCCCCAACCUCAGCCCCAGCCCCAGCCCCAGCCUCAACACCCAGCCUCAACCUCAGCCCCAGCCUCAACCCCAGCCCUAGUCCCAGCCUCAGCCCCAGCCCUAGCGACCCAGCCUCAAAACCCCAGGCCCCAGUCCUAGACCCCAGUCCUAGCCUCAGCCCCAGCCUCAACCCCAGCCCCAGCCUCAACCUCAGCCCCAGCCUCAACCCCAGUCCUAGACCCCACCUCAACCUCAGCCCAGCCUACAGCCACCACCCAAACCCCAGCCCAGCCAUUCACCCCCAGCCUCAAACAACCCUCAUAGCCCCCAGGACCAGCCUCCACACCCUCAGUCUAGACCCACAGUCCCUAGCCUCAGCCGACAGCUCUCAACCCCAGCCCCAGCCUCAACCCCAGCCCCAGCCUCAGCCCCAGCCCCGUCCUCAUAACUCCAGCCACCUCGCCCCCCAGCAUACAGCCUCAAACCCCAGUCCUAGACCCCCUAGUCAUAUGACACAUACACCUCAGCUCAGCCCCCUAGCCUCAGCACCUCAACCCACAGCUAAGGCUCUGCCCUCAACCCCAACCCCACCCCAACACCAGCAGUCAGCCCCCGCCUCAACCACCAGCCUCAGUAUCCCCAGCCUCAGCCCCCAGCCUCAGUCCUCCAACACAAACCCAUGUAUCCCCAACACCAGCCUAAGCCCUCAACGCUCACCUCAGGCCUCAACCCCAAGCCUCAGCCCCAGCCUCAGCCCCAGCACCAGCCGACAGCCUGUCAGAUCUCACCCCAGCCUCACGACUACCAGCCUCAGCUCCCAACGCACCACAUACCCCGACCUCAACCCCAGGCCUUCAAGCCCCACAGCUCAGCCCAGCCCAGCCUCAAACCCAGUCUUAGACCCUAGUUCCUUAGGACCUCAACAUCCAGCCCACACACCCCUAGCCCAGCCCACGCCCCCCAGUCCCUUAGCCACAGCCGAAGCCUCAGCCCCAUGCCCACUCAGCCCAGAGUCCUCAGCCCCAGUCCCACAGACACCUACGCCCCGGCUCCUGUCUCAGCUCCCAGCCUCAGCCCAGCCCCACAGCUGUCAGCCUCAACCCCAAACCCCAGCCCUAAGCUCGGCGCACUCAAUCCCCACACGCCUCAGCGACCAGCUCACAACACCCCAGCACCAAUCCCCAGCCUCUAGCCCCAUCAGCCCCCACGACCCAGACCCAGCCCCGCACCCACAGCCUCAACCCCAGCUCACGCACCCAACACCAAUCCACCCAGCCAUCCAACCACAACCACCAGCCAUCACUCUAGCCUCAGCCUCAGCCUCAACCCCAGCCUCAGCCCCAGCCCACCCAGCUCCACCACACUCAGCCCAGCAUCAGCCCCACCAUCAACCACCCAACUCUCAGCCCCAACCCAGCCCUCAGGCCCCACACCAGCCUCAGCCCCAGCCACCAGCCCACCUGAGCUCAGCCCCCAGCCUCCAGCCCAACCUUCAGCCCCAACCCCAGCCUAAGCCCCAGCCUCAGCCCCAACCCCAGCCUCAGCCCCAGCCCCAGCGCCCAGGCCUUUGCGCCCAGAGCCCGUUUCACUCAGAGGUCCCAUCUGAUGUAGAGACCGCUUUGAGGGUCAGUAACCUGAAGACUUGGGAUAUAGAGGGCAGCCAGGAGCCUCCCCUAAAGAGGAGCCACAAAGAGGGUCCCAUCCUCGCAUUCAUCAGUGUCAGGAAAUAUUCCCCCCAGAACUACAGCUCAUUCACGCAGGUUGACACGUCACCGAGUGUCAGCCUUAAACAGCUACUGGAAAUAAAAUCAGAUCUUUCAUUCCUUACCACUGGAUCCCUGCCAAAGCUAAAUACUGCAGCAUGA